AUGGCUGCACAUGUCAACUUGUCAGCCACUCGGGGACCUGGCUGUAACCAUGGAGCCUGGGAGCACGAUAUCAGGCUAUUUGCAGACCAUGAUGGUGAUGCUGGUGCUACCGUGCGGGAUGAUGUUGGGUCUGGCAAAAUGGCCUGCCACCAGGGGAGAGAGUUUUGGUUCCUGAGAAAAACGCGCAAGUGGGCUUUCAGCCACCACCCGGACCAACAGUCUCCACUCCUCAGCGCAGUUUAA